AAAAUGAAUGAAGUCUGCGCUGGUUGCAGCAACAGCAUAUCAGAUCGGUUCCUGCUAAGAGUGAAUAACAGAUCGUGGCACGAAUGUUGCGUAAAGUGUGCUGCUUGCCUACAGAUACUCUCUGGAACCUGCUACUACAGGAACCGCCAGCUAUAUUGUAAGGAUGACUAUGAAAAGCUUUUUGCUACAAAAUGUAACAGCUGUCUAAAAACAGUCCUGCCCUCUGAGCUUAUCAUGCGUGUCCUCAGCAACGUGUACCAUGUAGCCUGCUUCUUCUGCUGUGAGUGUGAGAAGAGACUGGAGCGGGGAGACGAGUUUGUGCUGAAAGAGGGGCAGUUACUUUGCCGCAGCGACUAUGAGAGGGAAAAGGAAAUGCUCAGCGCAUUUAGCCUGACACCUUGUGGAUCAGUUAAAAGCGAAGAUGAAGAUGGGGGUUCCCUCCAAGGUAAAGGAAGUGAUGAAGCAAAAGAUCCUAAAAGAUCAAAGAGGCCGAGGACUAUAUUAACAACUCAGCAGCGUCGGGCCUUUAAGGCAUCAUUUGAAGUGUCAUCUAAACCAUGCCGAAAGGUGAGGGAGACACUGGCAGCAGAAACCGGUCUGACUGUACGAGUUGUCCAAGUUUGGUUUCAGAACCAAAGAGCCAAGAUGAAGAAGAUAGCAAGGAGGCAGCAACAGCAGGACCAUGAGCAGCUGGGAGCACAACGUCUGGGAUCUAGCCGUGGAAACCGGGGAAGCAGUAGGCAGAGUAAUGAUGACAGUGAAGAUGGGGGCAGUGGAAUAGAAGGUGUAAUGGUAUCUUACUCCAGGAUACCACAUCAGCAGAUGUUGCCAUUGGAUCAAAGUAACUACAGUACAGAUCUCUACAGACAAGGUCUCACUCCCCCUCAGAUGCCUGGGGACCAUUUACAUCCGUAUGAUGCAGAGAGUGUUUUCCACGACAUGGACAAUGAAAGCCUCAGUUAUCUCGGUGGGUCUCUCCUGUCGGCUUCUGAAAACGGCAACCUACAGUCCCGUGUUGGCCCCAUUGACCGUCUUUAUUCCAUGCAGACCUCUUACUUUGCUUCCUGA